UGAUUCAUUUGAUUCAGUUGCGAGCCAAAUGCCUUAUGUGUAAAAUGGCGCAGUCGUUUACCUUGCUUAUCUAUGUGUUAUUAAAUCUUUGUUUAGUAAAUACAAACGGGCUGUAUGGAAUAAAGGAACCGCGGCAUCACGAGAGAAAGACCUUAGUGAUUAAUGCGGAUAGUGAUAGUGACUUGUAUAAUCACAGACAUAAAAGGGACGUAAAAGGCGCUCCUGUCAUAAACGACAAUACUAACGUUACAAUAAUUACGAAGAUCACCCAUCUCAAUGACAGCCACAAACAGCUAAUGGUAGAUUGGGUCGGCGAAGGGAGCAACGUGAUAAUCUGCCUCGCUCGAGAUCCGACACCCCAAACAUCUCUAAAUCCUUCGUGCGUUUAUAUCUCAUACGAUUACGGCGAUACCUACGAGAAUAAAACUCACCUGUUCAAGUUGGAAAAUGGAAAUUUUUCGACUGUCGAGAAAUUCUACAAUCACCCCAAGUAUAACUCGCAUUUUGUAUUUACGGAUGUAAAUAACAAGGCGAUAUUUGUGACGAAGAAUCACGGCAAAAAUAUAACAAGGAUCAACGUUAGCUUUACCCCGAAUGAGGUCUCCUUUCACGAGUUACGCCCCGAUACGUUUUUGGUAUUACAAAAAUCGGAGCCAAAGCCACAGUUGUGGAUAACUGAAGAUUUCGGCAGUAGCUGGCGGUUGUUGGAAGAAUAUGUCAAUUCGUACUUUUGGUUGCAAGAUGAUAAGACGGGCGAGCAGAUACUGGUGAUACAGAGAGGAGAAGUAAACGGUCUCAACGAAAUUAUUUAUUCUAGAAAUCUGUUCAAAUCUGAACAAUUACAUAUUCUCGCCUCUCAUGUUAAAGACAUUUCCUUCAAGGGAGAUUACAUUUUCUUUACUAAGAAAUCCAGUAAGGAUAAUUACGACUUAUUUGUCUCUUACAAGUUGGGCGAGCAGCUAAAAUGUAUCUUCGAUUCGGAACUGGAUCGUCGAGGUUAUCAAGUAGUUGAUGUUACGGGGAGUAGAGCUCUAGUUGCAGUUAGUCAUACCGAUACAUUGUCACAUUUGUACGUUUCCGAAAAUUUAGGUGGCAACGAUGACAAAGUACAUUUCACUCUGUCACUCGAGGCGGUUUUAGCUUACUUCCCAAACAGUAGCUGGCAUGACUCGUGGUUACAUCAUGUAUCCGAGGAGGCGUUUACUGAUGUGUAUAAGGUCCAGGGUAUCACUGGUAUUUACAUCGCAUCUCAGGUGUCAGGAAAACUUGUGGAUCAUAACUUGGGCCCUCAGCAUCUUACGUCUUUGAUUACUUUUGACCAUGGAGGGUCUUGGCGGCCACUUAAUCCUCCGGUUCAUGAUAACGAACGGCAAUUAAUCUCGUGCUCCUUGGCGAACAACUGCUCUUUGCAUCUCAGUCAGCGUUUCAGUCAACUUUAUCCGGAAACAAGAUCAAUAAGCAUUCUAUCUAGCGGAUCCGCUCCUGGCGUUAUUAUUGCCACUGGAGUUAUUGGAAAAUCUUUAAAGGGACAUUUUGGCGUUUACAUCAGUACGGAUGCGGGAUUCACGUGGCGUCAGGUUUUGAAAGACUUGUUCUUCUUUAAUAUGGGAGAUCACGGCGGUGUUAUAACCGCAGUUAAAUACUACAAAAACCUUGCCGAAACGCGCCACAUUUUGUAUUCGACAGAUUUGGGCGAGAAAUGGUCUCAAGUUGCUUUUCACGAUGAAGACCUUCGCCUGUACGGUUUAAUGACGGAACCGGGUGAAAAUACAACUGUUUUCACUAUGUUUGGAUCAAAACCGCACAGUCAUCAAUGGAUUAUAAUCAAACUUGACAUGAGAAGUGUCUUCAGUUACAACUGUUCAAAGGAUGAUUAUAAGGAGUGGUCGCCAAGUCAGAAUGACGGAAGUCGUAACUAUGUGCCUUGUGUCCUAGGAAAGCAGGUGACCUAUGAACGAAGAAUACCUCACGCUAACUGCUAUGUCGGACUAAAUUAUGUUAGACAAAUUUCCUACCAGCCUUGUGACUGUGACGCAUUGGACUUUGAGUGCGAUUUUGGAUUUAUGCGUUCGGGAAAACCCUUCCAUUGCAUUCGUAAUAAAACUACCGUCGAAAAUCCGUACGAAGUUCCGUCGACCUGUAAACCAUUCCAAUUUUACAAUCGAACAAAAGGCUAUCGCAAAAUAUCAGGUGACAGCUGCGUGGCCGGUUUCGAGCACCAAUACCUGCCCGACCUCAUUCCUUGCCCGUUCAAAGAAGUGAGGCAGUUUCUUUUAUUCGCUUUGCGCGAUCGCAUCGGGCGUUACGAUCUGCUGAAUCACAAACUGGAGCACUUGCCCAUUCAGAAUCUAAAAAAUGUGAUUGCAAUUGAUUUCGAUAUGAAAAACAAUUGCGUGUAUUGGGCUGACAUUGUGACCGACACAAUCGGAAGGCAGUGCUUUGGGAAUGGUAGCACGCCCGAAAUUUUGGUAUCCCAUGAUUUGGCGUCGAUUGAGGGGAUGGCUUUCGAUUGGAUUUCACAGCACCUUUACUUUGUUGACGGAAUGCGAGCGAAAAUAGAGCUGAUUAGAACUGAUAUAAAUCAUUCAGGUCGUAUGCGCAAAACCAUUUUAGAUUCGCGCAAUUUACGUAAACCGCGCGGAAUCGCGGUGCAUCCGCGGGCUGGGUAUUUAUUCUGGACGGAUUGGGCUUCGGAAACCUCUUCAGUUUCUCGAUCCAAUUUAGAUGGUACCAAAGUUCGAACGCUGUUUGAUAAGAAAGUUGUAGAAUGGCCAAAUGGAAUUACGAUCGAUUACAUUGCCGAACGUAUUUAUUGGGUCGACGCACGUGAAGAUUACAUUGCCAGUUCGGAUUUGAAUGGUGAACGGUUUAAGAAAAUCAUCAAAGAUAAUGAUCUGGUCUCGCAUCCGUUUGCUGUAGCCGUGUUUAAAGAUAACAUGUACUGGGACGAUUGGAAGCAAAAUUCAGUGUUCAGUGCCGAUAAAGAUAGCGGAGUUGCUAUCGAAUUACUGCUGAAACAGUUACAAGGUCUAAUGGAUUUGAAGGUGUUCGCCCAUAGUCUCCAAGAGGGCACGAACGGUUGUUCCAAUUCUACAUGUAGCCAUAUUUGUGUCAGCGCUCCCAAGCAAGGCCACGUCUGCUUAUGCCCGGAUGGUAUGGACAUGAAGGGCACUACUUGUGUAUGCCCAGGCGGAGUGGAACCGUAUAGUAACAAGACGUGUCCUAAAAUUGCUAGCACCUGUGGUGGGGAACAUUUCGCGUGCAGCAACGGCGUUUGCGUUCCAAAGGGAUGGCGAUGUGAUGGGGAGGAUGAUUGUGGAGAUGCAUCCGAUGAACUUCUUUGUGGACCACAAACUUGUGCCCAUAAUUACUUCGUGUGCGGUGAUGGAAAAUGUCUACCGCAAUAUUGGAGAUGUGAUUAUGAAAGAGACUGCACAGACGGUUCUGACGAACUAAAUUGCCCCAAACAAAACUGCAGCGCCACCCAAUUCGCCUGUGGAAACGGUCGUUGCAUCUCGGCCCGUUGGAAGUGCGACGGCGAGAACGACUGUCGCGACGGUUCGGAUGAAAAAGAUUGCGUCGGUCCUGAUCCCACCACUUGCAAAUCCGACGAGUUUCACUGUACCGGCGGCGGGGUUAGUUGCAUACCCACCACCUGGCGUUGCGAUUUAGAAAACGACUGUAAGGACGGCAGUGACGAGUUGAAUUGCAGUAACAACACCUGUGCCGAAUAUCAGUUUGCGUGCGGCGCGCCGACUUACCGGUGCAUUUAUGCGUCAUGGGUGUGCGAUGGCGAACAAGAUUGUCCCGACGGUAUAGACGAGAAAAACUGUACAACAAUUGAUAAACCACCGAUGGCCACUCCCAAUCCGUUUUUACCUACAAACGGCACUUCGUGUUUGGAUUGGAUGUUUAUGUGUUCUAACCGUAAAUGCAUACCGUACUGGUGGAAAUGUGAUUCAGCAGAUGAUUGUGGUGAUAACAGUGACGAAAUUGGAUGUCUAAAUGUAGCCAAAACGACUUUGGCACCAGUUCCUACUACACCACAUCCGAUUUAUCGCACGUGUUCUCACAAUGAGUAUCAGUGCACAUCAGGAGAGUGUAUUGAACUGUCAUGGGUCUGUGACGGUUCUCGUGAUUGUCCUCAAGGCGAAGAGGAAGAGAAUUGUGAUGGCAUACGUCAUUGUUCUGGAGAUGAGUUUAAAUGUCGCAUGGAUGGCACUUGUGUUCCGCUUACUGAUGUCUGCAAUGGACACAAGGAUUGCCCUGAUGGUACAGAUGAGUCAGCUUGUUCAACCGAUCACAAUGUACCCAGCGGCUCGGCAGGUCCCAGCUGCUCCGUCGGCUACUUUCCGUGUGACGACUUUAUGUGCCAUCCACUGGCGAUGCUUUGCGAUAAUAAGAUCGACUGCCGAGAUGGGUUUGACGAAAAAAAUUGCUCUUCCGUCACACGAGUUUAUCAAGUGCUUCAAAUGGGCGUUGACGAGCGAAGUAUCAACGAAACAAGUCUAUUGCUUUAUUGGUGGAUUCCUUUGCCGGAUAAAGUAAAAUUGGAAUUCUUACCCAGCAUUAGCAAGCAGGGAUCCAACAAGUUUGAUAAUAAAACAUGGACAGAGCAUACCGAAUACAGAUUCAUGAAUUUGGAGCCCUUCACCAAGUAUAAUAUGACCGUGUAUGUAAAACUGAAGGACUCAAGUAAUGUAUUCCCACCUGCUAAGUAUUUCAUCGCUAACACCGGCGAAGGUGUACCUAGUGAACCUUGGAAUGUAACGGUGGAGCAGCAAAAUGGCUCUCACACUUUAAUAUCAUGGAAGAAACCAAUUACACCCAAUGGAAUAAUUCAAUAUUACGAAAUCUGCUGGUUCCCACCUGAACCACCAAUCAAAUUGAAGCUCAGCGAUGACAGCACCGCCCAUUUACUUCCCGCCGAUUUUCCACCAGAUCACAAAUAUUCAUUCUACGUGAUCGCACACAACCGAGCGCACGAAAGCAAUCACUCAGAUAUUAAGUCGAUCAUCUUCGAUGGCGAUUCUGAUCUAAAUGCCGUAAUAAACCUCUCCGUAGUCUCGAAGACGACGAAUAGUAUAAGCUUAUCGUGGCAAUACGAGCGAGCCGUUGACGGAUUUACUGUGAAAAUUGAAGCGUUACAUCCCUACCCUCAGCUACCUUCUAGGACUACCACAGCUAAAAAUAUCGUCAUGGAUAAUUUGGCGCCAGGCGUUUACUAUACUUUUAAGGUAAAGGCAUUUAGAAAAUCGUUUCAAGGAAUUCCCAGCAGCAUAGCCGCUCGAACUAGCGGCGACCCAUUGCCGGUAAUUCAUAAAUUAGAAGCUCUGGUAGAUAAAAGUGUCGGAACCUCUGUAAAACUGACCUGGGAAAGACCGAAGGAUAGUCGGAAGGUUGCUUGGGUGUACGGUGUCUACUACGGAUUGAAUGAGGAGGAAACACUACAAAAAUCUCGUUUAAAUACUACCGACACAACAGUAACGGUUACACAUUUGGGGGCUUGUGAGACUUACAUAUUUUCUGUGGGAAUCGUCGGACCAUCUGGAGUAGGAAAUAUAUCGAGUGAUUCUCCCACGGUCAUGACGUCGUUAAAUAAACGAGCCGCCCCCAAGAGACUUACAGUUACUCAACAUCCUUCUGAUCACCUUAAGAUGCAAGUGUCAUGGUCCGCAUCGUGCCCUACGUUCGCAGAACCAGUCGGAUAUAUUAUUACGAUACUAGACAAAUUGACCAACGAAGUUGUAAACCAUAACAAAUUAGAAUCGAAGGACAUCGAGUUAAGUUCAACCUUUAGGGUCACAUACGGCGGAGUUUACGACAUUAAAGUUUCUACGUCUAUAGUAGGCGCGAUUUACACCCAUCCCGUUACUUACUACGCUCCACCCAUACCGCCGCCUCGCGGAUUAAGGGUGUUUUUGGAACGCAACGGCAGUUACAUCUUGAACUGGCAGGAAAGGGAAAUACCGUCCGAAAUCGGCUCGCAUAAAUAUGAGAUAUUCGUGUCGAAAGGUGACAUGUUGAAUACGAGUAGCGCCUCAAAGUUUGUGGUACUGAAGCCGCCUUUCUUAUUCGAAAAUGACGACGCGCCGUCUAUGUACACAUUUGGUGUGCAAAUAGUAUCCGAACGCGGUUACCGAUCUUUGCUAUCCGAGUGGCCCGCCGCGAAUUACGCACAGACGCAGUCAUCUCUCGAGUUGAUUGGUAAAAGUAAUAUGACCGCGAUUUUGGUUCCCGCCUGUAUUUUACUAGUAGCGCUAGGGGGCGCACUUGCCUUUUUAAUUAUUAGAAAUCGCAGAUUGCAAAAUAGUUUCACUCGAUUUGCUAAUUCGCAUUACGAUACCAGAUCGGGAGCAGCUACAUUCGAUGAUAACGGUUUAGAGGAAGAUGAAAGUCCACAAAUUAGGGGAUUUUCGGAUGACGAACCUCUUGUUAUAGCGUAAUUUUAAUUUAUUACAGUAACUAACGGUAAAUGUUACCUGUUUGUUGCGGCGUUAAAAAAAGAUUUUGUAAUUAAAAAUGUCCAGUUUUAAUAUAUUACUACUAUGAGAAGCAGAGUUUCUAAAAUUCCUUGCGUGUAUGCCAAUUUGCUAAUAAAACUAGUCGUAGUUUGUUAUAAUGUUAUCUCGUCUGAGAACUUUGUUUCGAUUUGAUUUAUUUUAUGAUCACUGAUUAUUGUGCACGUGUGAAUUUCUUUGUAUAUACGUUUCAUUUUUUGUUGUAAUUAAUUUAUAGUUCACUAUAUUUUAUUUAGAUUUACGUAGUUAGCAAAAAAUGUGAUGAUUCAGGUAAGAGAUUUGUUUUAAGGACUGCAUUGAGUGAGUAUUACUUCUUGCGGGAACGAAAAUCCCCGAGAUUAGUUUAAGGUUAAUAAAUGAUUAAUCCUAAGAUUAUUUUUAUUAUUGUCAAAGAAUAGUUUUACUUUCGUAUAAUUAUAUAAUGAGUAUUUUUGAAUCAUCAUUCGAUAGCACUGAUUUGUUUUAAGUCAAAUUUCUGUGAUAACCACUUCGCACUACAACGGUGUGAUUUUACCAAUUUAACUUGGAAUUUGACUGUAUUUAUACCAUUGUGAAUGUGUACCUUAUUUCAAUAUAUAAUUAUA